UUCUAGGGUUUUGCAAAACCAACAUCGAACGAAUCCAACACGAUGGGACGAAGACCAGCGAGAUGUUACCGUCAGAUUAAGGGAAAGCCAUACCCGAAAUCACGAUACUGUCGUGGAGUUCCAGAUCCGAAAAUCAGGAUUUACGAUGUCGGUAUGAAGAGGAAAGGAGUUGAUGAGUUUCCAUUCUGUGUUCAUUUGGUUUCAUGGGAGAAAGAGAAUGUUUCAAGUGAAGCUCUUGAAGCUGCUCGUAUUGCUUGUAACAAGUACAUGGUUAAAUCUGCUGGUAAAGAUGCGUUCCAUCUCCGGAUUAGGGUUCAUCCGUUCCAUGUUCUGCGAAUCAACAAGAUGCUUUCGUGUGCUGGAGCUGAUAGGCUUCAGACUGGAAUGAGAGGUGCUUUUGGUAAAGCUCUUGGUACUUGUGCUAGAGUUGCGAUCGGACAGGUUCUUUUGUCUGUUAGGUGUAAGGAUAAUCAUGGAGCUCAUGCUCAGGAAGCUCUUCGUAGAGCUAAGUUUAAGUUCCCUGGUCGUCAAAAGAUCAUUGUUAGCAGGAAAUGGGGUUUCACCAAAUUCAACCGUGCUGAGUACACGAAGUUAAGAGCGAUGAAGAGGAUUGUUCCUGAUGGUGUCAAUGCUAAGUUUCUAUCAAACCAUGGGCCAUUGGCUAACCGUCAACCUGGAAUUGAAGACAAGGAUCCUCGUAUGAUUCCAAUUUGCUUGGACAAUUGUUUCAAUCUCAACGCUCAGAGUGUAAUCAAUCGGCGAAUCCCCCAACUCUUUUCCAAGGCUCUCGAAAUGAGUACAGGUGGAGCAUUUGGAGGAAACAGAGGAUUAAGACCAAUACCACCAGAAAAGGGCAUUUUCCCUUUGGAUCACUUGCACGAAUGCGAUGCGGAGAAGAAAGAAUAUCUUGGUUGUCUCAAGUCUUCAGCUCAUAAAUCUGAACAAUGUAGACAUCUAUCAAAGAAAUAUCUCCAGUGUCGAAUGGCUAAGAACUUGAUGGCAAAGCAGGAUAUGGCUGAACUUGGAUUCAGUGGUGUUAAAGAACUCGAUUCCAAUGAAGAUAAGAAUAAAGAGAGUAUCGAACAAUGAAGGUUGGCAAAACUUUGAGCCUCAUUUUGUAUUGACAUUGAGAUAUCAUUUAAGAUUUUAGGUCCUAAAACUCAACCACUCAAUAGUAUAUGCUUCAGCUUCACCAAUUUUUUAUAAGUAUAUCAUAUACUGUAUAUGUAUACCUGUGUGAAAUAAAGCAUUAUACAAAGC